UUUCAAGUUCAAGUAGAAAACCUUGCCGUUCUGGCAAAUACAAAUAACCGUAGCGUUGUUGAAGGUGGCCUAGGGUUUGCAUCAACGGACACCGAUAGUCGAGGCGACAGCCUAGCAAAUAACCAACUUGAAAAUUUUCAAAACGCGAAUUUAGUUCCUUCAACAGGGGUUGAUGUAUCUUGUAAAGUACCCGAAGAAAUCGGCCAAUAUAUUGGAUCAGGUGAUUUGCAGAUAAGCUACGUUAUAUUCUCUAAUGGGAUGUUGUUCUCAUCACCUUCGACAUCUGGAGCCAACUCAUCUGUAGAAGUCAUGAGUCGAGUUCUGUCAGUCUCUGUUCCAGACACUCAGGUGACUAACCUCCGGGAUCCAGUGACGAUGUCGUUUGGGAUACCCCCGAGUAAGUCUAAUUACGACAACGCCACCUGUGUCUACUGGGACUUUACUUUGCAAAAUGGCAUCGGUGAUUGGUCAUCUGAUGGGUGCGUCAUAAACUCAAUGACUGAUGACGUCAUAAUUUGUGAUUGUAAUCACCUGACACACUUUGCCGUCCUCAUCGAAUUCAGAAAGAAAGAUGCUCCAAUAGAGGUUCUGUUUGCUUUGACUGUAAUCAGUAGAGUUGGCUGCUUGGUCUCCAUCGCUUGUCUUACAGCCACGCUGAUUGCAUUUCUCUCAUUCAAGUAUGUCAUGAAUGUCAAUAUAGGCCCCAAGUUGUACUUGUAUAAGUAUAAUUGAUGAUAAAUACUGGCCAUAAUCCCCCUCCCCCAG